CAAUGCACGAAGCGUCAGCAUCGAACGACUCGUUGAAAAAAUUGAUUUUGUAUUUUCACAUUCUUAAUUUUCGUUAACGAUGGAGGACAAGACUAGUUCCGGAAGUACCGCAGUGGCGGAAACUGCAACAGCGAACGCGAAUCCCGCGAAAAAGGCGUCCAAGUCGAAAACGAGAACAUCUCGUUCGAAGUCUUCUCAUCCACCCACUUCGGAAAUGGUAAACGCUGCCAUCAAGGAGUUGAAGGAUCGUAAAGGAUCGUCGUUGCAAGCAAUCAAGAAGUACAUCGCCACCACGUAUAAGGUUGAUGGUGAAAAAUUGUCACCAUUCAUCAAGAGGUAUUUGAAGACUGCUGUAACAUCCGGCGCAGUUGUGCAGACCAAAGGAAAAGGUGCUUCUGGCUCGUUCAAGCUCUCUUCCCCUGUGAAGGGCUCCGAUUCCAAGAGCAAACCGAAACGGGAACUGAGGAAAACUGAAACCGUUUCGGAGAAGAAAACUGCCGAAAGGAAGACUGCUAGUCCGAAGAAGGCCGCUGCCGCCCCGAAGAAACCGGCUGCGAAGAAAACAGCAGCAGCGAAGAAACCAGCGGCCGCAUCGAAGAAAAUCAAGACCGCUGCCGCAAAGAAAGCUGAGACAGCUGCUAAGCAAAAAGUAGCCCAACCGAAGAAUUUGUCGAAAACCAAGAAGGCUACGAAAGCUCCAGCAGCGAAAACAAAAACCCCUAAACCAAAAAUAGCUAAAUCACCAAGAGCCGCCAAAGCAGCAGCGAAGAAGUAAUUGUUCAGCGA